UGUGUGUCCGUCUUGUGUUUCCUCGCGACCAGCCGCGAAAAAGGGAUUCGCUCAUGUAGUGGUGUCUUCUUGUCGAGGGCAAGAUUCGGUGCGAGUGUGAUAUUCAGGACGUACGUUAUAUCUACUCUUUGUUGGACUACCGGCUGCGUUGUGUUUGUGUUUGUUCACGGCUGGCUGUUACAACUUAACACGUUCUGGAUGAAAUUAAUUUAGGUCAAUGUUUCAAGGUUAUCUACUUCUAAAACCAGUUUCCACAUUUCAUUGGAUAUUACUUUUUUCUUCUAGAUGAAUUUAUUUUGAUUGCCAGUGUCAAAGCUGUGAUAUCCACACCUUGAUCAGAUCAGUGCUCACAAUGGGGAAUCAGGGUCAAGGUCGACCCACCUUGUUCUCUGUGGUAAUCAGGACACUGGUGGUGCUGGUGGGGGUUCAAACCCAGGCCAUCACAACAUCGGACAGCACACAGGGCGUGUGUACGGUCAAGGGCAGGGUUUUCACACAGAGGAACUGGUAUGGAUAUAUAGUCCACAAAGCCUUCCACCGCGACUACGCCAAGAUCCAGUACCAGAUCACCUACCCAGUGAAGGAGUGCUGCGCCAACCUGCUCAUCUACUACGACGACCAGGUCAAACAGCUGCACUCAUCCAUGACCUGUGAGGAGAGGUUGGCAGUCCUCCCAGCUGACAAUAAUCAGGUGAUCCCACUCCGUGCCAGCAAUGACACCAGUGGCUGCACGCUGUGGAACGAGACAGGUGAAGCCUUCUACGUCUGCCUGGGGGAGAGAAUCUUCAGGUCAUCUGUCCCCAGGACCUGGUUCUUUGCCAUCAGUCGCUGCGACAAGGCUGGACCACUCAACCUGAACUAUGUCUUUAACAUUACUGGCUACUAUGGAGAGUGUGAGGACGACCCACUGGAACCCUCCUCUGGUUGGAACUCUUACAUCAGGUACCUGGACAACAGCCAGGAGCCAUCGUCCAGCCAGGAUGUCUAUAAAUACCUCUCCAUUUCGCUGGGAAUUGUUGCCGGCCUCGGCCUCAUCUUGGCCGCCGUCUUCUUCGGCCUGUGGUUUAUGGGGAUGAAGAACGCGGCCAAGGGUAAAGGAGGGUCGGUGACGUCGUCUCAGGCAACUAUGACACAGGAUGAUAUCUUCUAUGUGAAUCCAUCAUUGUCUGACAGGGAACAGGCUGAGUAUAGCCAAAGCAGUUCUGAGAAUUACUACGAGGUUAUUCCAGAGAGGAGGAGCUAUGAGAGUAUAAACACGGGGCUGGCCAAUGGUGGCGUCCACAUGCGGACCCUGAGGUCAGUUCACGGUCACCACCCUCACGGCCACCACCACCCACACGGCCACAUGCACCACCAGCAUCAAGCACACAUGGCUCAGCCGAAGGAGGUGACCAACAUGCGUGGUGUCCCUUACAUGUUUGAGGACUACCCUCCCCCUCCCUACCAGCCCCCCAGGCUAUUGGGCAUCAACAAAAACAACGGGUUGGGUCACCCUGCCGGACCGGGACACAGCCACACCCUCUCUCUGCCCGCUAACCAGCGCCAAAGACCCACCCUGAUCCACCACCCCUACCACUCUAGCUUAGUGCCGACAUCUGCCGCCCUCGGCGGAUUGAACGGCGGAGCCAGCAGCAGCGGAGCAGCCACCAGCAACGCCGGCAUGAUGUCAGGAUUGAUGAGCGUGAACAGCGGCAACAACGGCGGAAACCUGGUCAACCUCAUCAGCACCACCAACACCAACAUCAGCAGCAACGGGCUACUCUUCAACGGCUCCGGGAUGGGGCUCCAGACCUCGGUCCCCAACUCCAUGGGCACUUUUGGCGCCGGAGCAGGCAUGUCCACCCAGGGGUCCGGCAUCAACAUGGCCUCGCUGGUCAACCACCAGAUGAUGAGCGGCCUGCAGCCCCACCCCGUCAGCAGCCAGUCCAGCUCCACUGGUCAGCUGGGCAACCUGGUGGCGGCCUCCUCCAGCUCCCAUGUCCCGGCCCCCGCCCCCGGCCAGUCUGAGACCAGCGCAUGAAGGUUUGGCCAUGACGUCCUGCUCGUUGACGUCAUAGCUGGCCAAUCAGAGACCAUUCUUUGAUCUAAUUAUUUGCUAACUGACCAGUCAAGAUCAGUUCUUUGGUCCCUGACCUGUGGAGGAUGAUGCUGUGAUCACUGACUAGUUUCUUUGGACAGUGAGCUUUCAGUAGUGAUUCUGAUAUCACUGAGAGGAUUAUUUGAUCAGUGACCAGUCUGAAUGUCAUCUAUGGAUCAAUUACAACUGAGAGGGUAUGCCCCUGGUAAUGAAGGAUCAACCUAAUCUUCUGUGUGGAUAGUCUCAGUGACAUGGGACUUGGACCUGUGUCAGUACUUCCAUGACACAUACAGAAGCACAGCUGUUGUACAACCUGAAGUCACACAGCUUUUGUACAACCUGACUGAAGUCACACAGCUUUUGUACAACCUGACUUAAGUCACACAGCUUUUGUACAACCUAAAGUCACACAGCUUUUGUACAGACCUGACUUAAGUCACACAGCUUUUGUACAACCUGACUAAAGUCACACAGCUUUUGUACAACCUGACUGGAGUCACACAGCUUUUGUACAACCUGACUGGAGUCACACAGCUUUUGUACAACCUGACUGGAGUCACACAGCUUUUGUACAACCUGACUGAAGUCACACAGCUUUUGUACAACCUGAUGAAAGUCACACAGCUUUUGUACAACCUGACUUAAGUCACACAGCUUUUGUACAACCUAAAGUCACACAGCUUUUGUACAACCUGACUGGAGUCACACAGCUUUUGUACAACCUAAAGUCACACAGCUUUUGUACAGACCUGACUUAAGUCACACAGCUUUUGUACAACCUGACUGAAGUCACACAGCUUUUGUACAACCUGUCUGAAGUCACACAGCUUUUGUACAACAUGACUUAAGUCACACAGCUUUUGUACAACCUGUCUGAAGUCACACAGCUUUUGUACAACAUGACUUAAGUCACACAGCUUUUGUACAACCUGACUGAAGUCACACAGCUUUUGUACAACCUGACUUAAGGCAAACAGCUCCUGCAGCUGUUUACAGCUUACACCCAGAGUUGGAUUAGCAGCUGGAGUGAAUUAAUGGCUCUCUAUCAAAGAACGUGUGGCCCCAGCUUAAGCUCAUCAAAGCAUUAUUGCAAAUACGACAAUUCACCUAGAAUACUGCAAUAAUUAUAAAAAAAAAAGUAGCAUUCCCUCAACACUAAAUUACUACUUGUGUUAUUCAGAGUGGAGCUCUAAUAAUUCUACUUCAUGAUUUUUUGAAGUACAAGUUUUCUUUUCUAACUGUACUCUACGUAUUCAUACAAGCUUUACAUCAUCAUCAUCCAAUUAACUAGCAGUUUGUGAUUGUGUGUUCAUUUAAUGUGGUGAAAAAUAUUGUUCCUAGCCAAUUCUUAGAAUUGCUUUAGCUCCAAUGGAUAUAGCUGAUAAGUAGAAUAAACUGGAUACUGUUGUGUAUAUCACUAACAAUGGAUAUAACAAUUCAUGGAUAUGACUGAUGGAUAGAAGCUAGUGGAUAACAUCUUGAUGUGCUGGCUAAAGUGCUACUACUGUCCUGGAAAGUGAAGAUUGGCAUUUCUUUUAAAGAAAAAAUGUUUCAACUAAUUUUUCUUUAUAUCUAUAUAAGCUGAUUAAUAGUUUUAAAAUUUAUUGAAAAAAUAAAACCACUAAUGUUUUUGUAUUUUUCCAUGGGUCACAAGAAAAAUGCCUGCCCUUUUUUCCUUCUGUGUAUUCUAGCCGGUUGCAGAAUUGUGCUCCUGGAUAUCUGUUAGUUUUUCACAAGCACAUUUCAACAUUCACUUUUUCAGUGUUUUAAUGUUGAAAAUUAUGACAGUAAUCUUGUUUCAAUCUAUCUGUCAUUAGCUUGGCGUAGUUUUUUUUUUUUGUUUUGGUAAAACACCAAAGCUAAAUUAAAGUGUUUUCUUCUUAAAGACCAUAAAUAUUACAGCUUAUUAGAACUUCAGUCAACUUCCACCACCAUUUGUAAGUUUGACAAGGAUCUGUUACCUGCAUCCAUCUCAUUGUGUCACCAUCCUACCAUGAUUUUUACUGCAAUUUUCCUAAUUGGUGUCACAACUUAGCAUAUGUACAUGAGAACACCUUGGCCUAGCUUCUGCCUUUUUAUAAGCUUUAUCACCAUUUUUAUCAACACUGUUGGUGUUUGUCAACAUGAUUUAUUACUAUCAACUUGAUGGAUUUUUUUUAUAUGACUAAAACACCUAAUAUACUCAAUAAGUAGUGAAUGUGCAUUCAGCUAAAUCAUCUAUUGCAGAUUUCUUUUGUUUUUUAAAUUGUCAGCUCCAUCACAGUAAUUUUGACUUGUGUAAAAAUACAUUCCGUUACUAUGGUAACUGUUUUUGUUGUAGCUAAUGGCAAACACUUGUUUUUUUUUGUGCGUUAAACUUACACUUGCUGUAACUUACAUAUGAAUGAAUAUAAGCAUUAUUAAUUUUGUUAAGGAACAAAAAAUUUGAAACUUUUAAAUUGAAAAAAAAAUUGUUUUGAGAUGUAAAUUUUAUGUGUAAAUAUUGUAAUGUGGUCCAUUGUGUUAUAUGUCUGAAGCAAGGCUAACCAUUUUCACAGCCCUAGGUAAAGUAAGUGAACAUCAUACAAACCUGCUUGUAUUAUCUAGAGAUGGCAUAUGUGUUGAAUUAUUGAAUGCAUUAUAAAAAAAAAUGACAUGCUGACAGGUUGUUAGGCAUUAUGUUGGUGAUAAAAUUACAUCAACUGGACUGAUUGGUUUUAAAGUAGGCUUUAGUUGAUGUAAACAUCAAUUGAAAAAUUUAAGUUAGGCUUUGUUUCAGAACAAAAUAUUAUGGUACAAAACAACAAGAAAAAAUGGUCUGAAAGAGGAUCUGAUGAUAUUCAGGGCUGUGUUAUAUAUAUAUAAUUGUAUGUUGUUUACAUAUUUAUUUGAGAUACCAAUUUCUACUGAUCAAAGGGAAAUAAUCCAUGUUUUAAAUUAUGUAAAGUUAUUUCCCCUCUUAGUUAGGGUGUUAGUUAAUUAAUAUGUAUAACAUCUUUGAAUCAGUUUCAUGGUGGAGUAAAAUAUAUGUAUGUACACUUUAUGUAAAUCUUUUUUUUUCUUAUUGAUAAUAAAGGUAAAAUUUUAGGCAGAAAUGUUAUCACUACUUUGAACUUAUUAAUAUAGAAAUAUAUUUUGUUUCUGCCUUGAAAUUAAAAGAUUUUUAUAAAUUUUUUUAUGUAGAUAAAUCUGGAAUUUUUUAGUGUGUGCUAUUUAAGAAGUUAAUAACUGUUUUAGUAUAUUUUGUACAAAUAUAUAACCUUAUGUACACAACUUGUACAUUUGUGCCAAUACAAGGCAUUUUUAUAUCAGAUUCUGAUUUUGUGAUUUGUGUAAAAAAGUUUUUUUUUUAAUCACCUGGAUUUUUUGGUAAGAAAUUUACAAUUAUAUUGUCUGUUUUGAGAUCUUGAAGUUGAUCUUUAAAUUUCACUAUACAACUAGUUAUUACUGUAAAACUUUCUUUUUAUCACAACUAUUUCAUCUUGUUUGCCUUUUAGCAGAAGAUAAAUUAUUCUGUAUUUUUACAUAAUCAUCUCAUCUUUAAACUAAGGAUUUGUCAAUAUUUUUUUUUUACUGUCAUUUAUUUAAAUACUUAUUUCAUUAAGCUGGAGUUGUUAAUGAUUUGCAUAAAUUUUUAUUUAAUUAAUUAAUGUGGAGUAAACAAGAUACUCUACUAAUAAUUGCACACUUUGUUUAGUUUAUUACCCUGUUUGAGGUAACCAAACUGAUUUUCUCUACUUCUGUUCUACAAUUUAAUGUCUUCUGCAGCAUACAGUAGGUCUAAGCUGCAGCAUACUGUGGUGUAUGCUGUCAUGUAGUGUACGUCUAUGCUAUAGUCUAUUGUAUGCAUGGAGUAAAGUGGAUCUAUUAUAUAGUCGAGUGUAGGUCUUUGCUAGACUAGUGUAGGUCUUUUCUGCUAGUCUAGUGUAGGUCUUUACUAUUUUAGUGUAGGUCUUUACUAUUUUAGUGUAGGUCUUUGCUAGUCUAUUGUAGGUCUUUGCUAUUCUAGUGAGGUCUUUUCAAGUCUAGUGUAGGCCUUUUCCUACUCUAGUGUAGGUCUUUCCUUGUCUAAUGUAGGUCUGUACCAUUCUAGUGUAGGUCUUUGCUAGUCUAAUGUAGGUCUUUGCUAAUAUAGUAUAGGUCUAGUGAAGUCUACUGUGCAUCUGAUAAAUGCUAUGUUCAAAUUCUAUUCUGCAGCAUAUUGUUAGUUCCCAGCUACAACAAUCUUGAGGUGUAUGCUAUAGUUUACAGAGGGUCUUUGCUAUGUGGAUUGUGUACUUGAAGGCUGAUGCUGCAGCAUAUUGUAGCUAACAAUGGAACAUGGCUCAUUAUUGUUUCUAAUUAUAAAUGUGUUAUGUCACGCUUUUGUCCCAGUAUCUGUGACACAGUAUGCAUGUGGGUGCUACACAUACAAUCAAGUAUUUCUAUUUAUAGUUGUAUUUUAUAGGGAAUUACUAGUUAUCUUUUAGGGAAUUACCACUUAUAUUUGCAGUAGUAAUUGAAGAAAUGCUUAGAUAAGCUACUAUUGAGUUAAAGGCAAAAAUUAGAUAAUUUUCGAAGUAUAAAUUUUUUUAUCGAGAAAUAUCAAUCCAUAUAUCCUGAUGAAUUAGUUUUGAUUCAUUUUUUAUUAAGUUUAUAUAAAUGGUAUUGGAUGUGCCAUGUGUUUAUUUAUAGAUCUUAAAGAUAGUGGGCAUAAUCUAAUUGAAGUAUGCCUUUUCCUAUAAACUUUGUACAUGCAGCCUAAUCUACAAAACAAAAAAGUUCAGUACAGUACCACAUAAUGGUUUAAACCAAAAAAAUAUUAUUGUUUUGUUGUUACUUUGUACAAUUAUAGUGCUGAAAUUAUAUUUUGGGAAUUUGAUUUUUAAUUUAAUGUACAUUGCUGCUUAAAAAAAAAGUAGCAUAAAGUACAUAUAUGCUAAAAAAAUAGCAUACAAUUUAAAUAGAUGCUUUAUUUGCUUGUGUGAAGGUGUAACAGAACUAAGAAGACCUUAGUUCCACGUGUCAUUUGGUUUGUGUGAGUCUGUCCUGAUUUCUUGAUGUCUUGAGAAUCCUUGAUAUUUUUGGUUUCUUGUGUCACAGUCCAGAAAAUAAAUUGUAAGCUGGUUGUACCUAAA